CUAUUUUUCUGUGAUGGAAUCAUUGGAGCACAUACUUCUUUGUCACAAAAAAUAGUCAUGAAAUCUGGGUCUCUUUUGACUUUAUUAUGGGUCUUUUGAAAAUGUGACUAAAUCUACUGGUCAAAAAUUUACAUACAGCGACCUCAACGACAGCGACCAAUUGUGGUGUAGAAAGUUGUAUCAAUAAAAUUUAUUUUGUGACAUUACCUCUUUUGCAGCUCACGAGUAAUUAUUAUUGACUACAGCUAGAGCUAGUUUGAUACACUUAAUAGGACAACUGUUCUUUAAAACUAUACGUAAACUUUUGGCCACAACUGUGUAUUACUUUUACUAAACGAAAAACAAUAAAUGUCAUGUCCAGAAUAAGUUAUUGUACAUAUUGUACGUUGUAUGUUUUUUUUUUUUUAGCUUUAGUAAUCUACAAUUUACCGUAGAAGGAAGUGCGUAACGGUGAAGCCUCUCACUCUCGCUCCUUUAUACUCUUUGAUACCUAAGUCAAACUUUCAAGCUUGUCUGUGUAGUCUCCGGGCGCUGUUCUUUCACAAAUGUCGCAUUUAUUUUUCCCCUCGUGGAUUGGACAUUAUGAAAUGUUCUUGAUCAAAUAAAAAGGCGGAAGUAUGGGCAAAUUCCAGUCCAAACUUGCUUCGAAACGUAGACAGGGUCCCGAAGGUGGUAGUUUGGCUUCCAAUGUGCUGACCUGUCAAAGGGAGCUGGAGCGCAUCCACAAAACCAAACUGACAGAGAACUUGUACGUAGAAUUGAGGGCAAACAAGUCUGGGCGUAACUGCAGCCUUAAAGUGAUUCUGCCACCAAAGAAGACACCUGAUAGAGAUAAAAGCAUCCACUUCCAGUUCAAUAAACGGACGAAGAAGAGGAACAGCCAUGAUUGUGUCACAGAGUGUAACAUGGUGUCUGAUGAGGACACUCAGCAGGAGUGGGUCUUCACACUGUACAACUUUGACAACAGUGACGAGGUCACCAGAGAGGACAUGUCCAGUCUGAUACACUCCAUGCAUGAAGUUUUAGUGGCGUCUGUCAAGCCACCUUACGGUGGCACCACACCCCUGAAGAUAAAGCUAGUUGUAACUUCAUCAGCUGGCCCAGAGAAGAUAUCACAAAUAGCAGCAGAGAAGGAGCAGACUACUUUUCAGGAUGCAGCAAAAACACACUAUUGUGUGGAUGAAAACAUAGAACGCAGAAACCACUACCUGGAUCUAGCGGGCAUUGAAAACUAUACCUCCAAGUUUGACAAUACAGAAUCUCCCUCUCAGGAGCCCACUCGGAAUGCUGAUUCUGCUCUUAAGCACCACUCUGUGGUGAUCAGAGAGACCGGCAUCUCUCCUGACCCUCCCAGAGGCCUCUCUAUUCCUCAUUCCCCAAGAAGCAAGGCUGUGUCAGUGGGGAAAGAAAGAAACGGAGAAGAGGGGAAGUCCUGCAGGUUACAUGGCCAUCAACCUGCUUCAUGGUGCCAUCAUUACCAGUCUCCGCCUGCAACACAUAGCAUCCUGCAACGUAGUCAGAGCAAGAGGCUUCGCUCCAGGAUACAAGAUGCUGCCUCCCACCUUAGGCCUACACCGGGGGGAGGUAGGGAAAUAUUGAACAACCUUCAGCCCUCCUAUGGUGCCUUGGCUUCUCCAGCCCAGAGACAUGAGCACUAUCACCACCACGAGCAUCAUCACCACCAUCACUACCACCCUUCAUAAAUGUUUUUCAAACACACAUGAGACUGGUAAAAAGAGUUGGUAUAGACUAUCGACCUGAAAUGUGGUAGUUUUUUUAGAUUAAAUUCAACUCAGCAGUUCCUUAAAUCACCUCAUUUACUUGAUAUUCAGUGUGUGGGGAAAUCAGGCUUCGGCACUGUUAUCUUAAUGCUAGCAAACCCGAAAAUAUUACCUAUAGGUAAACACUAGUUCCAAGAAUUUUCAAUUCAGUGUUUACUGAAUAUACUUUUAUAGCCAUUUUAAAUGGCAGGUUCAUCUAAGGUACAUAACCAUGUAGAUUUAAAAGUUAAUUAAAUGCACACUUUGUAGAGAUACAUGCCUACAUUUUAACCUGUAUUUUGUAUAACCUGCAUAGUCACAUAUUUGCUUGUUAGGGCAAAUAUGUGUAGCCUGGCUCCGCCCUCCUACUUACUUCCGCUCAAUUUUCAUUUUGCUUCAGUACAUCUGUACAAAUGAAAUGUACAAGAGUCUGGUAGGACCAGGCUAAAAUAUGUGUACCAUUGAACAAACAUUUAAUGGCAAUGAAUAAUUUCUCUGUUGAUAGUUCAUAUUCCAAUAACAAUCCCUGAAAGUCCAUGCUUUGUUUUUUUUUUGUUUUUUUUGUUUUUGUUAGUGACAUUGUUUUAACUCAAAAACAGCGAGA